AUGGCCCAGACUCGCCAUUCAGUGCUCAAGACCCGCCUCAUCCGCUUCGUCGACCGCGAAGGCGCGAUCCGUCUCCCCUCCGACGCCGAGGACGAGGAGAAACGCUUGCCGUGGGUUUUGAGUAGGGAGGAGGCGAGUAGGGAGGGGUAUACUAAUGUGCAUUUGCUCGGCGAGUGUAUUGCCGCCUCAAUCUGGAACGCCCUAUGCCUCUUCUACCUCCUCCACCCUACCUUUCUCUCCUCCCGCUCUCCCACCCUCCUCCUCAACCCCAACCCCAACCCCGAAUCAACCUACCUCUACGCCUUGACGUUCCUCACCCUCGUACCCCUCGCGAUCGGCGUGAUGGCGGGUAGCGCGGCGUUGUGGAGCGAUGAGGAGGCGGAUGUUGAGAGUAGGAAGGGGUGGGGAGGGGCGAAGAGGGCAGUCGUGUGGAUUGGGACGGUCGACUGGGACGCGCAGUACCAGGCCGAAAUGGCUGUCAUUCUCAUCGUGUUGCAGGCGUUCUUGGUGAAGAGCGGAUCCGACUCGUCUUUCCCUCACGACUCGCGCAUCACGCUCUCUCCCGCCUCUACCGCCGACCUCGCUGCCCUCGAGAAGGCGCUGGUAGAGAAGGACAUGCGCACUGCGGAUGAGCAGAAGGUCAAGAUUGUCGUGCAGUUCUGCGCUUGA